CUCCCUCCAAAAGUACUUGCACAAAAAAAAAAAAAUUUGCAAAAAAAUGGUGCAUUAUCAAAGAUACAUACAACUUAGAAAAGGUGUCACAAUAGCUACUUAUGUUGAUGAAGAAGAUGCAUGUGUUAACAUGAGUGGAUGUAACAAAAGAUCAAAGCCUAAAUUUUUAAUUUUUCUUCUUUUUUGUACACUUUUGUCCUCUUGUUUUAUUCUUGCACCACCAUCAUCAUCAACUCUUUCUCUUCUUUAUCCUUCUAAUGGUCAAGAAGAAAACCAUUCAAAGACUAAAGAUGUUUGUUCCUCUGUUUCAAAUGGAACAAUAUGUUGUGACAGAAAAAGUCUUAGAUCAGAUGUGUGUGUGAUGAAAGGUGAUAUUAGAACCCAAUCUUCUUCAUUCUCAGUGUUUCUAUACAACUCCAAAAAACAGCAGCAAGAAAAGAUUAGACCAUAUACUAGAAAAUGGGAGCCAACAACAAUGGCUACAAUCGAUGAACUAACCCUUAUUGCCAAGAACUUAAAUGGUUCUUUGGCGAAUAAUGGUCACAAAUGCGAUAUUAAACACGAUGUUCCUGCGGUUUUUUUCUCAACUGGAGGGUACACAGGAAAUGUGUAUCAUGAAUUCAAUGAUGGGCUAAUUCCGCUUUACAUUACUUCUCGAAAAUUUAAUAAGAAAGUUGUGUUUGUGAUACUUGAGUAUCAUGAAUGGUGGAUAACGAAAUAUACGAAUAUCCUUAAACAUCUUUCUGAUUUUGACCCGAUUGAUUUUAGUGGAGAUAAGAGGACUCAUUGUUUCUCUGAAGCUGUUGUUGGGUUGAGAAUUCAUGGUGAACUCGCGAUAGAUUCGUCGUUGAUGAAAGGAAGUGAAACGAUUAAAGAUUUUCGUGAUAUUUUGGAUAAAGGGUAUAGGCCUCGAAUCCAAGGUUUGGUUUUAGAAGAGAAUGCACAAGUGAAAAAUAACCCGAUUAAGAUGGUGGGUGGAUUGGAGAAACCGAAGCUUGUGAUCAUAUCAAGAAACGGGUCACGGGCCAUUAUGAACGAAAACGUGUUGGUGAAAACGGCUUCGAAGAUCGGGUUUUCCGUGACGGUGUUAAAGCCGCAACGGACUUCGGAAUUGGCAAAAAUUUAUCGAGAACUUAACUCGAGUGAUGUCAUGGUUGGGGUCCAUGGGGCCGCCAUGACACAUUUUAUGUUUAUGAGACCGGGUUCAGUUUUUAUCCAAGUUGUACCUCUGGGCACAACAUGGGCUGCUGAGACAUAUUAUGGUGAACCCGCGAAGAAGCUUGGUUUAAGAUACAUCGGGUAUCAGAUACUUCCACACGAGAGCUCUUUAUAUGAUGAAUAUCAAAGUAACGACCCCGUCUUAAGAGACCCGAAUAGUGUCAACGACCGAGGAUGGGAAUUCACAAAAAAGAUUUACCUUGAUCGACAAAAAGUGAGGUUAAAUCUUGCACGAUUUAGGAAGCGUUUGGUUCGAUCUUAUAUUUACACGAUGGCAAAGAGGAAUGGCAUGGUUCGGUCUCAAUAACACAUGAAUAUUGUAAGAUUCUAACAGAUGAGUAGAAUUGGAAUGGAAUGUAUAAAGUUAGUGUAUAUGAAAUAUGGUAGUCAAGAUAGAUUUUUUUGAAAAA